CGAGCCUGGAAGGUCGUGGAGAGGAAAAGCUCUUCCCAAAUCAGCGGAACCCUGACCUCGCCGAGAUGGAGACGGAGAUGGAGGUGGAGGCGGAGGCGGAGUGGAUCGGCGGCCUGGACGAGAUGGAGGCGGGGACCGCGGUGAAGGGGGUCGUCCUCCCAGAGCACGCCGCCGACCUCGACGAGAUGGAGGCCGACGCCGACGCCGACGCCGGGGGCGGAGCGACAGCAACGACUGAGGAGAAGGAGUGCUGGGAGUACGUGGCAGAGUGGGAGUACGAGCAGGCCCUCACCUUCCGCGAUAGCUGGAUUGCUCUGCUCUGCUCUUUGUCUAAGGAGCUUGAUGUUGUGUGGCCCGCCCAACUUUUUCUUUGAAGCUCCGCCACUGUUUGUGUGGAUGCAUGGUGGCAAGGCGAGAUGAAACCCAAGAAAGCCUGGAAGGUUUUCAAGCCCAAGAAAGCUGGUAGGAACUAUGGCACCUUCAAUCUUGUCGGCAUGUGUAAGAUGAAAGUCACCGUUGCCUGGUCGCUUCUUUCCUACUAUCCGGUUAACCGCCCCAAUAGUCCUUACGGUUCACUGGCUUUACUCAGGGAGGCAGAAGGACGUACUGUUUAGUAGUGUUAGAGUUAUGAUAUACUUCUGGUGCGCCUUGUUCAGGCGUUGCAUGAACACAUGAAGUUUAGAUUGUACUAGUAAUCAUGUAUUGUAGUUUCAUUUCGAAUCCCAUGGCCAACUUUGUGUGGAUGCAAAGCAGCGCUAUGGGUUGAAUUGCUUUGGUGGUGCCAAGUUAUCCGUCGUUUUCAUGGACAAGUGUGGUGCCAAAAUGGUCGUUUAUUCU